UUCGAAAUCAACAGGAGCGCCUCCUCCGAAACCGAAAGCCCCAAACCAGUCCAAACUAGCCGAGCGGCGGCCAUCUCAAAUCCAAAUCCCGCUCCCCGUCUCUCUCUCUCCCCUCUCCGCCCCGCUCCCCAUUUCGUCCACUUCUCCGCCCGCCUCAGAUCACAAGCCCUAACCUAGCCGGAGACCAGAGGAGGAGCCCUCUUCCUCCUCCCGACCUCCCCCCUCCAGCUGUUGCUGCUCCGCCAUGAACAACUUCCACGUCUACGAGGCCAUUGGCCGCGGCAAGCACUCGACUGUCUACAAAGGGCGGAAGAAGAAAACCAUCGAGUACUUCGCCGUCAAGAGUGUCGACAAGUCGCAGCGCUCCAAGGUCCUCAACGAGGUCCGGAUGCUUCAUUCUUUAGAUCAUGCAAAUGUCCUGAAAUUUUACUCUUGGUAUGAAACUUCAGCACAUUUUUGGCUGGUACUGGAAUAUUGUGUUGGUGGAGACCUCAAGGGCUUGCUUGAGCAGGAUAAGAAGCUGCCUGAAAGUGCCAUGCAUGACCUGGCUUACGAUCUUGUCAAAGCCCUCCUGUUCUUGCAUUCACAAGGAAUUAUAUAUUGUGAUCUGAAGCCAUCUAACAUCCUACUUGAUGAGUUUGGAUGCAUGAAGCUGUGUGAUUUUGGAUUAGCAAGACGUUUAAAGGACAUCGAGAAGACCGACCCUGGAGAUGUGCCACAACCUAUGAGGGGGACACCAUGUUACAUGGCUCCUGAGUUGUUCCAAGAGGGAGGGGUCCACUCAUAUGCUUCUGAUUUCUGGGCUCUUGGUUGUGUGCUAUACGAAUGCUAUGUAGGAAGACCUCCUUUCGUGGGCCGUGAAUUUACCCAGUUAGUCAAAUCCAUACUUUCAGAGCCUGCACCACCUUUACCUGAUAAUUCGUCAAGGUCUUUUCAGAAUCUGAUCAACUGCUUACUCAUGAAAGACCCAGCUGAAAGACUACAGUGGUCUGAACUCUGUGCACACAACUUCUGGAGAAACAGUAUGCCAAUGAUUCCGUUACCUCCUCAACCUGCCUUCGACAACAUGGUUGGACUUCCCACUACACCAUAUCUAGCUGAGCGAAAUGGGGAUAAACCCUCCAGACAGCUGACGCCACCCAAGACUCGUGAACACCUACGCAAGAAAGAUGAAAAUUCUGCCAAGAUGUUCACGACCCCUGUUAAGAAUGUGCUAACUGGUAAGAAAAAUAAUGCAAAACCUUGUAAGGCUGAUGGUUUGAAGGGUGUAAAUGUCCUUAGAAUGUCUCGCAUAGCUAAGAAAAAUUUGCAAAGGGAAAAAGACAAGGAGAACUACAGGCGUCCUCCCACAGAAACAGACGAAAAUGAGGCUGAAGUUAAGAUAGAAAAUAAUGACAUGGAGCUUGAUUUUGGUGAAAAUCCAGAAGGCGAUGCACCUGAUGAUAAUGAUGGAUCAGAUAAUGUUGGAUCCACAGCAGAUGAAAAGCAUACGACCGAAGGAACUGAUGGAAAUGAAGAGAACUGCAUAAAUCAGGUGGAUAUGCUCACGGAUGAGUGUUCUGUUAAGCCUGAUACCAUGUUGAAAGCUGAGCAGAACUGCUCAGAGAAUCCUGAUGUGGUGGCCACUCCACCUAGUUUCUGUAUGAGGAAAGCACGUCCGAAGAUAACUUCUGGUGCUGCAACGGGUUCUGAGCCGUCUAACAUCUUUGAAGCAUUCUGGCAUCCAACAGAUCUUGCUGUUAAACCAGUUAUGCCCAGUAAAAAAGGAGAUAAAGCUACUGAGACUGUCACUGUGCUUCCUUUUGAAGCUCUCCCUGCUGCUGAUUACAUCAGGUUACCACGAGAACAGAUGAAUGCAUUCCAUAGCCAGAUAAUUCAGAGUUUGAGUGGAUCUUUUCAGGUUUCAGAAAAACAGAAUAUCAUCAGAUACCUGGAGUUGCUAAGCAUGAACUCUGAUGCUGCAAAUAUAAUCACUAAUGGCCCAAUUAUGUCAUUGCUUAUAAAAAUGCUUCGACUAUCAAAAACUUCAGUCUUGCGUGUCCAGGUUGCUUCACUUAUGGGACUGUUGAUACGCUACUCCACUAUCCUUGAUGCAGAGCUAGCUAGUUCAGGAAUUGUUAAUGCCUUGUCAGAUGGCUUAAGGGACCGGCAUGAUAAACUGAGGAGAUUCUGUAUGGCAACACUUGGAGAAUUACUGUUCUACAUAUCAACUCAAUCUGAUCAGGAUAGCAAAGAAAGCAAUGCCCAGGAAUCUCCUAUGAAGGACAACAAAGCUGGUGCUUUGUGGCAGGUUAGAAACUCCAAAUGAAAAAUAUGCUCUACAUGUUUAUUUGCAUGUCAGUGGUUGAUUUACCUGGACUUACCUUCUAGUAUUACCCUAUACUGCAUCACGUUGUGAAAAGAAAAGUUGUGGCGGUAAGAUACUGGAAAUUAGAUUCCAACAUCUUUAGUACAGUAGUUGAUACUGAUUCUUCUAUAGGAGCAUAUUCCCUUUGCCCACCGUAAUGUACUGAAGUAGAAAUUUAUUAGAAGUUGAAACUGUAUUAACUGCAAGAACUAAAUCCACACAUAAACAUAAACCAGUGUAUAGCCCACACUAGAUAUUUUAGUGAGUUUUUUUUUGAGAAUUUAGUUAAGUAGAAAUUUAUUAGAAGUUGAAAGUAUAUUAGUGAGUUUAUUUUGAAAUAUUUUUAGAUAAAGUUUGCGUUUUAGACAUAGAGUUGCAAAGUUCAUAUGUUGUUGAAGUGCAUAAACAAAUUGAAAUGGUAAAUUUUGGUACAUUAGUGUUCUAGCAUAGUUAAGGCAAUUACAAUGGUCACAUCUUUUGGGAAGUUAAUAAGAAGACAUUAUUUUAAGGGGUGUUUCUUUCCACGAAGAGACAUUUUUUC